AGCUAAUAUUCUAUUGUGAGGAGAAGAGGAGUUUGCCCAGAAUAAUAAAAUGCUGUGAUUGUGGUGGACGCACAAGAGGUAACCAUGCACUCCCAUGCAAACGAAGGUGCCAACGGCAUCGGUAGCAGCGUUGGUGGCAGCACAGAGGGCAAAAUACGCUGCAUCUUCCUAAGCGAAUUUCAUGCCACUGCGGGCUGCAAGAUUAGUUGUCAGGUGCCCGACAACUAUAUUUCCAAGGAAGUGUUCGAUGCCAUCAACGUGUAUAUUAUACCCAAACAGCAUCUGCAACGCUGCAUCCUAACCGUGAAUACCAUGGAUGUAAAAAUAGUCGGCUAUCCGGUGGAUAUACAGGACCAGCAGAAAUAUGCCCGUAAUGCAUUCCUAUUUAAUUUGUGCUUCGUGUGCGAUUCACGCGCACGUUCUGUACAAUACGAGCCGGUGGUGAAAAAGCUAUCGGAAUACCUCAUUAUGAUGGAAGAGGAGUCCUGUUUUUUAUCGCGGGAGGACGACAAAGUGCGACUGCAAAACAUAUUCGAGACUGUGCUCAGGGAUUUGAAUGAACGCAAAGUAGCAACAAUUGUUGAGGGUGACAACACCAUCUACUUAAAAAUUGUAAUGCACAAACCGGAUCCGCCAUCUGUGAAGGAUCACAUGGUGCCUUUAUUAUUGGUUAAUUUCCGAAACAAGCCAUUGGAAAACUGGGAUCUGACCACGCAGCAGAUUCUGCCGUACAUCAAUGGCAUCAAUCAUGUGGCACGCAUAGCUGCCGAGGCGGAUGUGGAAACGGAUUUGGUGAAGUCGUGUAUUCAGAACCUUGUCUAUUAUGGUGUGGUGCAGCUGCUGCCCAUAUUGAAGUACAGCAACGUGUAUAUGACGCAAAACCUCAAGCAUCUAAUCCAGAGUACUGCGCUUAGUAAUGCUUGCCGGAAAUACGUGGCUCUGAAUCCGGACAAGACCUUGCCCAGCGUGCAGAAGAUCUUCCAGUUCUAUGCCUCAAUGACACACGGUGUCACAUUGCGGGCCAUCUGCCAACGUCUGUGUCCCCAAAAUCACAACAUCGACGAACGCAAGCUGGUUAUUUUCGGUCUGCAGCACAAAUUUAUACGCUGCAUUCAUAAAUAUCCCGUGUUUACGGGAUCGGUACCCUCAUGCCGUCAGAAAAUGUACACUGGCCUUAUCAGCUUCGAUGAGAUUUGUUGCAAGACUGGCCUGUCGCCAUACACCAUCGAGAAGGAUAUUGAGAAAGAUACGAAUGUGACCGUGAUUUGGAAGUAGUUCCAUUAGCAGUUGUGUGUGAUGUCGCCUUGGACUGUAUUCAAAUGUCUAUUUUCUAACUUCUAUCUUCCCCCAAUCUUAAGCAGUUUGUCGAAAUUGUUAGUGUAGUUUAAAAAUUGUUUUGUUCAUGUUUCCAUUUUUUAUAUAAACCUAAAUCAACGGAA